UUUCUUUCCGUCACCCCGGCGGUUCUCUCACCAUAUCACUCAAAAUCUCCAAAUUAAAAUUCGAUUUUUUCCCUUUAACCAUCUCAAUUUGCUGCAGAAUUCGGAUCGAGAAACCAUGAAUAUCUUCACGAAAAAACCCACAGCCAAAGAGGUACUUCGAGAAAGUAAGAGAGAAAUGGCGAAUGCUACGCGAGGAAUUGACAGGGAAAUUGCAGCAUUGCAGUUGGAAGAAAAAAAGCUUCUUGCUGAGAUCAAGAAGACUGCCAAAACAGGGAAUGAGGGAGCAACUAAAAUUCUGGCGCGUCAACUUGUCAGGCUGAGAAAGAAUAUUUCUAAUUUACAAGGUAGUCGAGCUCAAAUGCGAGGUAUAGCAACUCACACACAGGCAAUGUAUGCUAAUACAUCAGUUGCUGCUGGCAUGAAAGGUGCAAGUAAAGCAAUGGCAUCCAUGAAUAAGCAAAUGGCACCUGCAAAGCAGCUCAAAGUGAUGAUGGAAUUUCAGAAGCAAUCAGCACAACUAGAUAUGACUACAGAGAUGAUGUCGGAUGCCAUAGAUGAUGCUUUAGACAAUGAUGAGGCUGAAGAGGAAACUGAGGAUCUGACCAAUCAGGUAUUAGAUGAAAUUGGUGUGGAUAUUGCAACACAGUUAUCAGCUGCUCCGAAAGGAAGAGUUGCCGGAAAGAAGACUCAGGAUGUUGGAAGUUCGGAUGUGGGUGAGCUUGAAAAGCGGUUGGCAGAACUUAGGAACCCAUGAACUGAAGAUCGAAAACUUUGGUUUCUUUCAUAAAUUAACAGCUGCCUGUUACGCUUUAGAUCUUGGCUGGUGUGUAAAUCUUGUAUAGUGGUCUUGUUAUAUGUUGAUACAAGGUUAGAAGUUUGUGUCCUUAAGGCAAUACAAUGCACGUGGCUCCACCUAUGAUUUGAUUUGGGGCCUUCAUUUGGAGAUUUGAUUUUUGAAUGAUUCAUUGGUUAUAAAAUGUAACUAUGAAUUCAUUUACUAGCAAAAAAUCAUGUAGAGCUUUGGAUGAUUAGAGGAAGACUCUUCCGAGGUAGAUCCCAAGUCUGUGGAGAAAUUGAAAUUGUUAAAAUCCCAUCAAGGCAUCAACUGAAGUGUUUGUAUUGUGAUGUAGAUGGGCCAUGUACACAGCAUUUGCAUGAAGGACGUGAAAAUCACUAGCUCUAAUAACACAUAUUAGUGUUUUGUUUCA